AUGUUUCUCAAUGAAGAAGAUCCGGGAGGCCGUCAAUUUCAAUACAACUGGAUUGACGGCGUGGAGUCACUCGAAAAGUACCGUCCAGGGGGUUUUCAUCCUAUCAUGAUAGGAGACGUGCUUCGCGGGCGAUAUCGAAUCAUUGACAAACUGGGCUUUGGAGGUUAUUCAACUGUUUGGCUAGCCCUGGAUACUUGUCUGCAUCGCUAUAUUGCUGUCAAAGUUGGUACAGCGAACUCACCUAUGCAAGAAACCAAGAUUCUUCGAGCUCUUUCAAACCCAGGACAUGAUUCUAUUCCCACUCCAUUAGAUGAGUUCAAACUCGAUGGGCCUAAUGGAACACAUCCAUGCUAUACCAUGAUACCCGCGCGGUGCGAUCUUCGAGAAGUGUCUUUCAGUCGCCUUUUCCCCCUCGAAGUUACGCGGGCGCUAUCAGGCAGCCUCAUACUGGCUAUCGCUUACAUACAUUCACGGGGCUACGUUCAUGGAGAUAUUCAUCUCCGUAAUAUUUUGGUUAAGUUACCAUCGGGUUUCAAUCAUCUGUCGGUUGAGGAGCUUUAUGAAGAGUAUGGAGAGCCUGAAAUCGUCUCUAUUACACGAUGCGAUGGGAAGCCGCUUCUAUCAAACACUCCAUCAAAGGCAGUAUUACCUCUUUAUCUUGGAAAAGGUGCAGAGGAAUUUUCACUGUCUGACACGCAUAUACUGCUCAGUGACUUUGGUGAAGCAUUUGCUCCGGAUCUGGAAACUCGUUGUGGUAAAGACUGCCAUACACCCUUAGCAAUGCAACCUCCUGAAGCCCGGUUUGAACCACAGGCACCUCUGUCAUACUCAGCAGAUAUCUGGAGCUUGGCCAUAGCGAUUUGGGAAAUUCUUGGUAUGCAGCCAAUCUUCUGCAAUGCAUAUGUUACUGCGGAUGAAAUAGUAUCUCAGCAAAUUGACGUGCUUGGACCCUUACCGUCGGAUUGGUGGAUGCGCUGGCAGGAGCGAAGCCAGUUUUUCGACAGCAACGGGAACCCAAAAGAAGGCCGCUAUGUUUGGCCUGGAAUUGAAAUGGCUUUUGAGGACACUGUACAGAAGUAUCGACGAAAACGUGGGUGUGAGUUUGAUACGGAAGAAACAACCGCCAUUAUUGAUUUGAUGCGCCGAAUGUUGGUAUUCCGACCUGAAGAACGGCUAACGAUCCAGGAGGUCCUACAGUCAGAGUGGGUGGUUAAAUGGGCGUUACCUCAAUUAAAGCGGGAUUCACAGACAGUGUAG